CCUCCUUAGUGGUUCUUCAUAGUCCACACAUACAAAAAACACACCAGAAGAACAAUCAGACAUCCAUAUCAACUCAUUUCACUUCAGGUGAAAUACAAACGUUUUAUUAGAAUGGAAAGCAACAGGCUCAUCACAUCUGACAAAGCUACAGUUAUCAUCCAAGUAAAUCCACAGGUGGCACAAGAUACUGUUAUUUGUGAAGAUGAACAGCAGGUCAGAGGAGCAUAUCACAAUACGGCUCUUAAAGGAUUUUUCAGUGCACAACCAAAGGCAGUGGGGACUGUACAGAUAAUGACUGGAGUGAUAGUGUUCAUACUUGGUAUUGUACUCACCGUAGUUUAUGACAGAUGGUAUAAUAUUUCUGUCAUUAGUGGCAUCACCUACUGGGGAUCCAUCAUUUACAUCUGUACUGGAUCUCUGUCUGUUGCUGCGCAGAAUAAACUUCAUCCAUGUGUGGUGAAAGCAUCUCUUGGAAUGAAUGUGAUCAGUGCCAUAACUGCAGGGAUAUCCAUUCUUUUCAUGAGCAUAGAGACGGCAACAACUGCCCUAAGGUUCCCAGGAAGUUGCUACUACAAUGGAUAUGAAUGUAUACAUUCUCAGGCACAUUUGGGGAUCACUGGAGUUUUGCUGGUGUUCUCCAUUCUUCAGUUCAUCGUCUCCAUCUUUAUCUCAGGAUUUGCCUGUAAAGCCACUUGCAACACUGACUCGACAGUGGUCAAUGUGGCACUAAAAUAGGAUACUGAGUUACAGUGAGGAGAUCCUAUCAUCCAGCUGCAAGGAAUUUUUCUUUCAUGUAUGAUGCAAACAAGGAAUGUUACAAUAUUUACAUGACAAAUAAGUGUCAAAAAUGUAUUAGCCUUCAGGAUUUCUAAAAAGAAAAAAAAAAAAAAAUGGCAGGCAGGUGAGUUGAUUAGGGUUGGAGCUAAACUCUGCAGGACCAUAGACCUCAAGGGCUAGAGCUGUGAAACCCUGUGUUGUCAACCACAUGUUUACAUUAUUUUUAAAGCAAACAUGAUUGGACUAAUAUGUGAGUUUUUUAA